UGUGAAGUUCAAGGCGCAACACUCAUUGCAAGUCAAACCUCCGCACGAGCCACACGCACUUUCUCCGGUGAUAGCUACCUCGUGGAAGACAGUGUUCAGUGAUUUCAGUGCUAACCUAAUUGGAGAUAAGGAUGCAUCAAAAGAUGACCGGGUGGGCGUUUUUAGCCCUUAUCAGUUCGUCGGCAAUUCUUCACACAUUGGCAUAUCCGCAACAACAUGCACCUCUCAUUUCACAAGCGACCAGUAACGUCAGAACACAAAAUCCACAGUAUUAUAGCAACUCGUUACCCUUACCUCAUGAACAGAUUGCUCAAGAACGAAAGUUUGCCGAAAAACCCAACGCUCUUAAAAAAGUAGCCCUCGAUGAUAUCGAUGAAAUACAAAACAAUUCUAUUUCUGAUGGCGGAUUUUCGUGGUCCAAUAUGUUAGGUAUGAUAAUGCAAAUGAUUUUCAAUCCUGGCACCACUGGACCCAAUAAGAGCGACAACAUUGAUACUGAAGCCGCACCAGUAUCGCCUUGGGCCAAUUUUAUUACGAUGGGUCUUAAAAUUUUAACAGCCAUUCUUGGUGGUGGAGCGUCUAGCGACGGUAUUGACAAAGUCGAUAACGGAUCUUCACCGAUGCAGAGUAUAUUGGCUGCGGUUCUGUCGACGGUGCUCGGUGCCAAAGAUCCCGACCAAGUCGCUUCCAUGGCAAAGCAGGCUGGAGAGUUCAUAAAUAUCGUGGUAAAUCUCCUUGAUGCCUUGAAGACAUCCUUCUCUCAUCGAUCAUUGACCGCACGGUCCAUGGGCCGUAAAGACUCAGUCAGUGACGCCGCUCUGGCUGGUAUUGCUAUGAUGAAAACCUAUGUAAGAUCAUUUGGAACAAAUGAUGACAAGUGCCUCCAGAAAUACGUGUGCGACGCCAAUAAUGAAUGUUCCGCUGAUAUUGGACCUAAGAGCGUAUUUUGCCAAUUGGGAACUUAUGCGGCAAGUUUCGUCUUGGAAAGACAAUCCAGCGGUACUUUCCAACAAUUCUAUGAAGCUGGACGUCGCGGUCGUUCUGGCAUUGAUUGCCGUGAACUAUAUCUUCAAUGCAACGAAGUGUAAUCUCUUCUAAAAUAUUGUUAAUUCGAAACACCACCAAAUCGUAUUUUUAUAUUCAAAAAAUUAGAAAUCCAACUUUUUUUUUAUAAUUGGUGAAAUAAUUAAUUUCAAAAUCAGUAAGAUAAUAUAAUGUGACAAAAAUUUUGCAGCGUUAAAACUUAAAAAUUUACUCCAUCGUAGUGCAGAUAAAACAACAUGUUCUCAUAAUUUAUUUAAAUUAUUUAUUUAUUUAACUUAUUGCUAGAUGUAACAUAGACAUUUAAAAUUCCACAAAAUGUACCCCAGUGAAAGCUUCCGUCCAUGAAUACAAUAAAAUUGGCAAAAAAUUUAUUUUGUAAAUCCGCCAGUUUUUAUUUUGUAAUUAACGACUGAUGUUAUAAUGUGUGAUAUGAAUAUUAAUUUAUAUCACCUCAUAGUUUUAGAAUUGAUAUUGUGUAUAUUAUUGUGAUGGUAUGAUUGAGGACGUCCUUGUGUGAUUGUGAUUGUAAAAUAAAUAUAAUAUAAAACAGAAA